AUGUCAUCGCAGGCUUCGUCUAACGACGAAACUAAAGGACCACCUCACCAUAACAGCACCAAGGCCACCUUACCGUCUGACCGUUAUUCUCUGUCCUGUCAGAGUCCGGGAACUCGUUUUCUUCCAGUCUCACCCCCGCCGAUCUCCCAUUGUUCCAUCGGGCCCUUUCCCGCUGUUUCGUCUAACACCAGUCUUCCUUCAUACCUUCCUCAUAUCUCUUCAAACUCAUUUCCUCGCGGCGUGGCUUCUCUGCACUCUUGUGCCUCUUCCGAGUCACCCGUCCCUCGUCGUCUGUCAUCGCCGCACAGCCACUUGGCGGCGUCACACUCCGAACAAGCAAUCGUGACAGGCGGUCCUUUAGGGAGGAGAAAGGAAGUUUCAAGCACAGAGGAACAAAGAAGUAUCUCAAAAGAAAACCCAGUCACAGAAAAGGAGAAGAAAAUGGAUCAGGUCCACAGAGAAGCCGAGCGGCAAGUAGUGGAGGCGAAAGACGGGGAGACACAAGGCAGGCAACGCGCCCACGAGGGGUUGGUGCAGUCGCAAGAUGAGACAGACUAUGAGGUUGUCGCUCUUGACCUGGAGUGUUACACCUCUAUGGCUGUUAAGUGCCUUCUCUCCAUGUGCAGCGUUGUACGACAGGCCUUUCCUGAAGUCGAGAGAAUUGCAGUCUCCCACAGAAAGGGACGCGUACCUGUAGGAGAGCCUGCUUGUUCCCUGAUGGUCGAGCUGGUGAAGCAUCACUUGCCACUUUGGAAGGAGGAGAUACUUAUGAAACGGAAAGGACACCAGCAGCAGGACAGAGAAAACGACAUCUCGAGCGAGCGCAGGAGAAAUUACACAGACGCACGAACGCUCGCCACACCCCUAUUUGACCAGACUUCGGGAACGAGCGAGACAGCUACAGAGAGGUGGAGAGUUCCUGGUACAUUUCUCCUGCCUCUUCCUUGUGUUUGCUCUUCUCUACCGACGGAAGAGUACGAACGCGACAGCGAAGGCAUUUCUUAA